UCCUCCCACAACUUUCAGCGGAUGCGACGCAUACAUACGCAUUGAAAACUGAACAACGAGAGCAGCAUCCGGAAUCAUGACCAGGAUGUUUCCAGCGAAUUUUUGUGUUAAACACAGAUGCAGAGGCAGAUAUGUUAUACAGCAGCAUGAAAUGAAAAACGAGUUGAGAUUCCCAAAAAGAAAAAAAUGUUAUGUGGGUUGGCACAUUGCAGACAGAAGAGUCGAAAAAUAAUUGAAAACAUACAAGCAUACAAGAGAUAGAUUGUUCAAAAGCUAAUCAUGGAUCACAAACUGGUAUUGAUAUACAUAUUGUUUCUUCGACUUGAAUACAUAUAUUGCGCUAAUAUUACACAAGUCGAAACUUUAUACGAUAACUUAUUCCAGAAAUACAACAGGAAACUUUUUCCAUUGAUAAACCAUAAUGAUACUGUAAACGUAAGUUUUACAGUAGGAAUUGUGAGUAUCAAUAAUUUUGAUGAACUUUCUGGGGAAAUCGAGCUUACAAUGUUGUUCUAUAUGCGAUGGGUUGAUGAAAGGCUGACAUGGACACCGUCCGAUUUCGAUGGUAAGUCAACACUGCUAGUUCCCCCGGAAGAUGUUUGGUGUCCACAGCUCUACCUGCUACAGUCGUUUGACAGAAUUCAGGAUAUAAGUAAUGUGUCAAUAAUGGUUCGAUUAUCCUCUAGUGGCCUAGUAAUAUGGAACUCGGGAAGCGUAUUAAAAGUUGUAUGUUCAGUGGACGUAACAUAUUUUCCUUUCGAUACCCAGACUUGUGAAAUAACUGUUUCUGGGUGGGCGUACACAGCAGACGAAGUAAUGUACUACACCACAUCUAGCACGGUGUUUCAGGAUUAUCUCAGUUCAAACAGUCAAUGGAUGCUUGAGUCUGCAACAGUCAUAAAUUAUACAGAUAUUAGACGAACAUUCCCUCCAUCGAUAAACAUUGCACUAAAUUUGAAAAGAAGAAGUGAUUUCUUUGUGGUCUACAUUAUCUUUCCAAUGGUUUUCCUUGGCUCCAUAAAUAACCUCGUGUUCGUUAUGCCUGCAAGUUCUGGAGAGAGAACAUCAGUAGCUAUUACUACAUUUCUGUCUUUUAUCGUCUUUAUGCAAAUGAUUAAUGACACUGUUCCUGAAAGUUCUGACCCUAUGGCUUAUAUUUAUUAUUAUAUAUUGUUCCUGCUGGUAUACAGUUCAGCCAUUCUGUUUUUGUGUAUAGUUUCAUUACGCAUUCAUGACAAGGAAGAUCCAGUUCCGUCAGUUGUGAUAAAGCUAGUAUUCCUGCUUCGCUUUUUGUGUUUUAAACGGAAAAGAAAAUCAAGCGUCAUGCCUGAAAGGAAAUUUUCUAACGUUUCAAUACAAGCUGAAGUCAAAAACAACAACUUCAAUGAAAACAUGGAAAAUUAUAAGGAAGACGACAGUCCUACAGUCACGUGGAAAAUAGUGGGAAAAACUUUCGAUAAGUACUGCUUUACUGCAUUGUUUAUAGCAUUUCUGGUGAUGACAACUCAAACGUUCACAAAAUUAUACACUAAUCAGGGCUUCUAACUUGAAGCAAAAUUUAAGUAUGUAUUUGUUCAAGUAAAAGAAAAUGAGGAAAAUCAAAAAGAAUAAAAAAAUUACAUUGUUGAUGACAUGAACAAACUAUAUUCAAAAGGCUUCUACUGAAAUAUUAGAAAUACUUUAUAAAGUAUUCUAGCCUUCCCUCAAUAUUCUUAACCCUGUGCUUUAUGGAAUUUUCUUAAACACUUUCAGAGCCAUACGUCUAGGAUUUUAAUGCAUUUUUAAUGAAUUCAGAGUAGUGCAAUUUGUAAGGUAAAUCGGCAAAUAUAUUGUCUUCGGUCAUCUAAGAAUGUUAAACAAUAUUAUUACAAUAGUAUAGCAAAAUGAAAGACAUGUAUGCUUUAAGGAACUGUCUUAUGUAAAGACCUUCUUUCAAACGUUUGUACAACGCAUGUUUACUAUUUGUUGACAUAAUACGCAUACAUUUAUUCAGUGCUGCGAACAACUUUAAAGUAUUCCUAGCACAGCACAUUUAUGAAGUGUUAUCAAAUUGAAUACAGAAGAGUCUCGCAGAAAUACAAAUAUUCCAUGAACAACAGAUCUCAACAUAGAACAUAUGAAAGUUCCAAAUUUAUCAGUGUAGAGAUGGAUUGAAAUAUGAUAAAUCAAUGAAAACAGCAUUACAAGAUUGAAAUAAAAAUUGAUUUUGUAUUCAUUCCAUCUACGUAGGGAUUCUAAAGGCUUUUCGUAAAUAUAUUUGUUUUCAUUGAGUGAUAAUAAUUACACAUUGUAUUCAUUAAAACUACAUUAUUAGAAUUAAUUGCAAUAGAAACAGUUUAAAACACUACUGAUCCGGCUUUUAAAGUGAUUAUAAAGAAGAACAGAACAGACAUUUUAUUAAAACAGAUUUCGUCGUUACACAGAUAACAAACAGAGGAUGAACGACAGUAUCAACUAUCGAACAGAGAAAGUUUAAUAGGCAUAGCAGGUUUGGAAUAUCAGGCUAGAUUUGUUAUAACAGCAUGUGUCGUAUUUUUUACAUAGUAUACCUUUGGUUAAAAUACCUUUUAAUGUGUUUCUCCCUUCGGUUUUCAUUACAUGGACUCUUAAAUUAAAAUGGAAAAUCGUCUUCUGAAUCAAACAAAAACAAUAAAAAGUAUCUUUCAGUUCUAUGUAUAAUAUUUCGUGAAUAACGAUCAGUCUGUAUUCUAAGUAAAUGCUCUUGUGUAAUAUAUUAUAACAUUCAAAGAACAAAAUGUUGAUACAUCUAAAUAUGAUUCAUAAUGAAACGCUUGCUUAAAACGUUUGAAAUAAUAAAGUACUGCUAUGUUAGGUACAGCAACAUUCCAUUCUUGUGUAAAGCAAGCAAUGACACGUUGCUUAAAGUUCUUUGGAAAUAAAUGUCCUAUUUUUCUUUUGAUUUACAUAAUAUGAUAUUACGCAAGUGUAAUGAUUUAUUUAUGACGACAUAUCUCCUUGUGUCAACGUAAACACCUACGCUAUAAAUUCAAACAUAUAGCCGAGCUGCGAUGGCCUAACGGAUAAGGCACAUGUCCUGCAAUCGGGAAGUCGAAGGUUCCAGUCCUGUCAGAGGCGGGUCUUGUUACUGAAGAGAGACCGGUUGGUAGGCCGCAAGCUAGUUAAAUAAUGAUUACCGAUUGUCUACCUGCC